CACUUAGAGCCUGUCCAGACGGAGCGUUUUGCGCGCGUAAGCUUACGCGCGUAGACACUCGCGCGUUCCCGAGGCACUAGAGCUACAAGCACUCCGUCCAGAUGCUCUCGCGCGUUUCAAAACUCGCGCGUAAAACGCGUGUCAUGCGCCCGACUCUCGACUCGCUCGUUUUACGCGCGAGCGCCGCGCGAGUCGAGAUACUCUGGCGGCAUUGGAGCGUUCAGUAGUAUGCGCGUGUCCAUAGAGAGUGGACGUAUUUAGAUUUGAAAUGGAGCGCGAUAACUUCGACACCGAACUUUUAAUUGAAGAAGUUGAAAAGAGAAUAGCCAUAUGGGAUAUGGAAUCUGCUGAUUACGCAAAUAGACUCAUUAAACGUAGGAAUUGGGAAGAAAUAGUCGAAAUUUUUUGCGAAGCUGGUGAUUCCGACGAAAAGAAAAAAACGUUGGGAAUGUUAUUGCAAAAGAAGUGGAAAGGAUUGCGUGAUGGCUUUGUCAGAGAAAUGAAAAGGAUAAAAACCACACCGUCUGGAUCAAAAGCCAGCAAAAAUAAAUAUAUAUAUUUUGAACGUUUGAUGUUCCUCGAACGAUCGACACGCAAUAAAACUACUGAUAGCAACAUCGUUUCCUCGCCUGCUGCACCUGAAGAACAAGACAUUUCUGGCGACGGGGAAGAUGUUAUGAGACCUCCAGUUAGCCAGCCGAAAAAGAAAAAAAAAAUGAACGCAGCCGAUGAGGAAUUUCUUGCCAUUAUAAGCAAAAAUUUAGCACCUAGAAAUCAGCCACAAACAUCGGAGUCUGAUGAUGAUAAACUAUUUUGUUUGUCACUGCAUAAGGAGCUUAUUAAAGUACCUGAAGAAAUGAGGCUUCAAGCUAAAAUUGAUUUAAUGAAUGUGCUCCAAAAAGCUCAACGAGCCCCAUGUCAUUCACCUUCACAUUAUAUUCCUUCACCUGCACCUUCACCACAAUAUAAUCACCAAGCAGGAAUGACACACCGCGGACAAAGAGGAUUUUUUAACGAUACAGGAUAUAACGAAACAGACCCUUCAGCAUCUUCGUUUUCACGUUAUUGCACUGGACAACGCAAUUCCCAAUCUAACCCAUCACCGGCGUCUAACUACAAUAACCCAUCACCGGCGUCUAACUACAAUAACCCAUCACCGGCGUCUAACUACAAUAACCCAUCACCGGCGUCUACUCAAGAUUCCCAAGAGAGUGAAUUGAUGGAGCUAUACCGAGAUUGUUAAAUUGAUUAAGGGAAAAAAGUAUAAAAAUAAUAAAUAUUAUUACCUCAAA